UAGCUUCAAACUUAUCAAUACUUUUAUCUUAAAUUUUAAAUUUAAAAUGAAAUUUUUUUCAACUAUUGUUUAUGCACUAUUCUUCAUUUGUGCUGUUCAAGCACAAAGAGGUUUCCCCGGCAAUCGUCGUGGUCCUGGAGCUGUUCAGGGUGGUGGUGGCCCCAAAUCAGACUGUCCCACCUUUUGUCCUUUGAACUAUCAACCUACCUGUGGUUUUAAUGGUCGCUGUUAUAAGGAAUUCAGUAAUACUUGUGCCCUAAAUGCGGCUGCCUGUUUGGGCGAAGGAAAUUUCAGACAAGUUAAUAUACAAGAAUGCUCCAAGCGGGGGGCACGUACUUGUUAAUGUAAAACGUAUUCUAGAAAUAUUUUAUACAUAUUUAAUAUAAAUUAGAAUUUUAUUAAUAUAAAUUAGAAUUUUAAAUUUUAAAUAAAAAAUAUGAGUUUAG